AUGAGUACUUCUUCCACAGACCGUGAUCUCUCGCUCCAACAUGUCGACGAGACGGUAGGGAAGCGGGAUUCAUCCUCGGAAAGAGAAGUCGAAAAAGACACACCUCCCCAGUCUGAACCGGCGCCUCCAGCUCCUCCAGCUGCUCCAGCCAUUCCACCACCACCGAAUGGCGGUCUCCAAGCAUGGCUGCAGGUCUUUGGAGGAUUCCUCUUCGUCUUGAACACCUGGGGAAUGGCCAACGCAUUCGGAGUCUUCCAAACCUACUACGCGACCACCCUCCUCACAGAAUCCAGCCAAUCCUCCAUCUCCUGGAUCGGCUCCAUCCAGGGCUUCCUCCUGCUCUUCGUCGGCGUCUUCUGCGGCCGCGCCUUUGAUGCCGGCUACUUCUAUCCCGUCGCAGGAACUGGCAUCUUCCUGUCGGUCUUUGGAAUGAUGAUGACCUCGCUGGGAAGCGAAUACUACCAGAUCUUCCUCGCGCAGGGCCUGUGUCUCGGCCUCGGAUCCGGCUUCCUAUUCACCCCGUCGAUUUCGCUCGUUGGAACUUACUUUUCGACGCGAAGGGGGCUCGCGACGGGGAUUGCAGCGAGCGGGAGUAGCGUUGGCGGAAUCAUCUUCCCGGUCCUCAUCCGCCGUCUCAUCAAAACCGCCGGGUUCCCCUGGGCCGUGCGCGCCAUGGCCUUCAUCAUGCUCGCGACUCUGCUCCUGGGAAUCUCCCUACUGAAGCCGCGCCUGCCACCGCGAAAGUCCGGACCGGUCGUCGACGUCGCUGCCUUCAGAGAUCCCGCAUACACGACCUUUGUCAUCGGCCUCGCGCUUGGCUUCAUGGCCUUUUUCAUCCCCUUCUUCUACGCCGAGAGCUACGCGCUGAACAUCGGCGUCGACACCGAGUUGUCCUUUUACACCCUGAGCAUCAUGAACGCGGCGGGAAUGGUCGGGCGGUUGGUUCCGAAUGCUAUCGGCGAUGUCCUCGGCCCCCUCAACAUAAUCCUCCCCUGCACCUACAUCUCGGGAAUCACCAUCCUCGCCUGGAUCGCCGCAAAGACCCUCGGCGGCCUCCUCGCAACCUCGAUCCUCUACUCGUUCUUCUCCGGCGGGCUUAUGGCCCUCCCGCCCGCGAUCCUGGUCUCGCUGAGCCCGUCGCUGAACCAGAUCGGGGUGCGCGUGGGCAUGGCGCUGACGAUCGGGUCGCUGGGUGUGCUGAUCGGGUCGCCAAUUGCGGGGGCCAUUUUGGCGGGGCAGAGUGGUGGAAGUAGUAGUGGGAGUCAUGACCAUGAAGGGGAGGCGGGGGUGCAUGGGUUGGAAUUUUCGGGGACGUUGGCGUUUACUGGGGUGGCGCUGUUGGUUUGUGGCGGGUUUAUGAGUGCGACGAGGGUUGUGCGCAAGGGGCUGAGGUGGGAGAAGGUGUAG